AUGAUUUAUGAAGGAAUUACAUCCAUCGUACAUAGUGAGUUCUACAUAAAAAGUGGAAAUGGAACAUCUAUUUAAAGGAACAUUUUUGAAAAUGUUGAUUAUGAUGAUUAUGAGAAAUAAUUAAUUGAAGAGAUUAAAACGAAAAUGAAGGAGAAGGGAUUGCAGGUAAAAUUAAAAAGAAGCAUUCUAUUGAAAAUGUUAAUGGCUGCCCAGUAUAAUAUUGAAAAAGCGAUUAUUAACUGCUAGUCUCAUUUAAAUUUCCUAUAAGAAUACCAAAAGCAAGAUUGCAUUAAUGAAUUAAAGAAAGGGCAUCUGUAUGUUUGUGGAUUUGACAAUUAAUUUCGCCCUGUCAUUGUAAUUAGAUAAUAUUGCGAUAUAAAAAUAAUGGCUUACUUUUUGGAAACUGUUAAAAGAUAGUUGUUAAUUGAUUAUUAUGUUGAAAAUUGGACAAUCAUCUUGGAUUUAGAUACCGAUUUACCAGUCAUAGAACUAGAUGACUUAUUGUAUUUGUAGUUGCACUUUUAUGGAAACUUAAAUAAGAUCUUAAUAGUUAAUGGACCAGACGAUAUCGAUGACAUUGUCAAACAAUUCACUGAAAAAAUAAAGGAUUUGUAAGUUAAAAUAAAAAUUAUAACAGAAUAUUAGUAAAUAUUGCAGUAUAUCCCAAAAGAAUAAUUGGAAAUAAAAUAUGGGGGUGAUUUCAAUAAUAUGGAAUUAUUUUGGCCAAUUUUGAAAAGAGAAACUCAUACUGGAACAAAUAGAUUAUUAAAAAAGAACUCUCAUUUAUCACUUAAUUCAAUGGGAAGUUCAAUCAACAAAAAGCCAAGCUUUAUGAAAAUUACAGUAUUAGAAGAAAAUGGAAAUCCAUUAUUGAACCAGUAAGUGGAAGUCUUUGAAGACUAGAUAGAAUCUUAAUAAGGAGAGCAAUAAUAGUAUCAGAACAACUUUUAAUAACAACAACAAUAAUAACAAUAACAACAGGAAGAUUUUGAAGAGAAAUCUAAAUCUUAUCAAAGUUCAACAACAAAAAAAUAAGAUUAAUAGUUUAUAUAAAUUGAUGAUGAUGAAGAUGAUUUGAUUGAAAUGGAAAGUGAAAAUAUGGAAAAGCGAAAUGGCAAAAAAUAAAUUACUAAAAAAUAUGGUGAAGCAACUAAAACUACUACUUAUUCUUAAAAAUAAACAAUUUUAGAAGGAGAAAAAGAAAUACCAUCCUCUUUUUCUUGUUGUUCUAGAUCUUGUUCAGUAUUUUGA